AUGUUGCCUUUGGAUAUGACGAUGUCCACAGACAUCCAGGUUGCCUUCAGUUUUGUCAGUGCGCUUGACAUUUACCUCACGAGUUUCGGGGAUGCUCAGACCGUGGGAACCAGGAAUGCGGAUCAGACUGACUACGGUCCCCUGAAUCCGGCCAGUUUGUGGCUCGGGUUGUCUUUGUGUCACCAAGACCUGCCAGGGGAAUUGACGGAUUAUUAG